AUGGCAACCAACGUGCAAGUCCUCUUCCUGAAUCAGGCCAAGGCGAUCAUCCGCAUGUCUUUUACAGAUGCAUCAACAAAAUCUCCAGCCUUUCAGAGGAAGCACAGGGACGUGCCGUCAAACACCUUAUUCGACCAACCCAUAGUAAAGACUGCCCUUCUCAAGAUCGAGAAACAACAGCUACGUGGUCAUGGAACUGAAUCACCUCCCGGACACUUCGCGAAGAGAAUGGGAAUGGACUCGAAACUUGUCAUAGUCAUGGUUGGCUUACCAGCACGGGGCAAGAGCUAUGUCACGAAGAAGCUGUGCCGCUACCUGACUUGGCUUCAGUACGAGACAAGAAUCUUCAAUGUUGGAGAGCGACGUCGAACCGUAGCAGGGCGACCGCUUAAACCUACGGUAUCGAAACAGUAUUUCAAGCCUACGAAUGGCGCCGGCACGGUCUUGGAUGAGCCUGAACACUCUGCCAGCUUCUUCGAUCCUGCCAAUGCUGAAGCGGGGAGAUUGCGGGAGCGAGUCGCUCUGUCAACGCUGGACGAUCUUCUUGAUUAUUUGCUCGAGGGAGGCGGCUCAAUCGGGCUCUUCGAUGCAACAAAUAGUACGCUCGACCGGAGGAGACUGAUAGUGGAAAGAGUCAAAGAAAGAGCGGGACCUGAACUGGGUGUGUUGUUCCUAGAAAGUCAAUGUUUCGACGAAACCCUGCUGGAAAAGAACAUGUUACUAAAGUUAUCAGGGCCUGAUUACAUUGGUCAAGAUCCGGUUGCCGCGUUGAAAGACUUCAAGGAGCGGGUCGCAAUGUACGAGAAGAAGUACGCACCGAUCGGAGAUUACGAAGAACGCAACGGUCUCUCAUUUUGUCAGAUGGUUGACGUUGGACGUAAGUUCGUCACGCACAAGGUUAACGGAUUUCUGGCAACACAAGUGGUCAACUAUCUCCAACACUUUAACCUCGCACCUCGCCAAGUCUGGCUUACGCGACACGGCGAAUCCAUGGACAACAUUGCCGGUAAAGUUGGUGGUGACUCUGGACUCAGUCCGUACGGCGUCAAAUAUUCAAGAGCACUGUCAAGAUUCAUUGACCACGAACGUGACGCGUGGACUCGGCGACAACAGUAUGGAUCACUCUCCGGUCAAUGUGCUCUCGGUGAUGGCAACGAACUUGCUGGUUCAGCAAAAUGUAAUGGCCUAACCUACGAAGAAAGCCAUAGGAAGCGGUUUUUUGUCUGGACUUCCAUGAUGCAACGGAGCAUUCAGACAGCGCAAUUCUUCGACCAGGAUCGCUACGAAGUCGAUCAUAUGCGCAUGUUGGAUGAUCUCAACGCGGGGAUGUUGGAAGGCCUGACACACGACCAAAUCAAGGAGCUCUAUGCCGAUGAGUACGAGCAGCGACAGAGGGACAAGUUGCGAUAUCGGUAUCCAGGCAAGCGCGGAGAGGGAUAUCUCGACGUGACGAACCGGUUGAAGUCUGUCAUCCUGGAGCUGGAACGCGUUCAUGACCACGUUCUACUCAUUGGACCGCAAUCCGUAACGAGGAUAUUGCUGGCGUAUUGCAGAGGCCUGAAGAGCGAGGAGAUCACGGACCUCCAUGUUCCGCUGGGUACCCUAUAUAUGCUGGAGCCGAAACCUUAUGGAGCCGACUACAAGGAGUUUGUGUACAAUCCUGAAAUAGACUGGUUUGAUCUCAAAACCAAAUAA